UGUCCGGAGGAGCGCGUCUAUGUGUGUGUGUCCGCUAACUCUCUGCUUCACGAGCCUGUUUGUGACGGUCUCUUCAACGUAUUCAUGAGGACCUAAAGGUGCCAGGGGAAAAAAAAAAAAAAAAAUCAUAGACACGGAGACUGUCUGUGGAGCUGCCGAAAAAAAUGGGAGCCAUGGAUUAUAUAAGAAACCAGCACACUUAUCUCUCCAUCGUCAUUUUGAUCAUUAGCAGUACCUGUCACGCUCUUUUGGACAGAUUUCAGGAGGAGAACUCGGCUCAGACGUUUCCUCGUCACCUGAACUCAGAAGAUGGCAGCCAAAUUACCUCCUGUGAUUUUGAGUCACUGUGCCUCUGGACUUUAUCAAAUCAUAGCGACCAAAGUGACUGGUCAGUGGUGUCGCCACAGCAACCAGACAGCGCACAGGUUGAGACGAUGCCUGCGACCGACCACUCAGAGGGAAACUCUGAUGGCCACUUCCUUCUCCUGAGUUCCUCCCCUGCCGCUGCAGCCUCUGGGAGAUGCGAGUACCACUUAACCAGUCCAGUCAUGCCAAGAAGCCACAGGCACUGCAUCCUGCAGGUGGCUCUGUAUGAGUCUUUUCCAACGCUGGGGAACCUCACGCUCCUGGUCAAACCAUUUUUCUCAGAUUUAGCUGUUCACUCUGUGGUCCUCGACCAUGGAAGGCGAGACGACCGCAGGGCUAAGUGGGAGACUCUGGAAGGCGUGAUUGGCCAGGUGAACGAACCCUUUCAGGUGACCCUCCUCUACACUUCCUGCUUGCGGGAAGAUGGAUUCAUCAUGGCUCUGGACUCUCUGGAGUUGAUAGACUGUGAAUCAGAGCACCCAGAUAUAGUUUGUGGAGAAUCUUUCCACUGCAUGGAUUCAGACGUCUGCAUCGACCCGAGCCAGGUGUGUGACUUCCACACUGACUGUCCUUUUGGAGAGGAAGAGGGCUUCAUCUGUGGUGCUCUUCCGUUUGGCUCACACUGUUCGUUUGAACAGGAUACAUGUGGCUGGUCUGUGUCCAACCAGCACUCAGCUUGGAGGAGGGUCGCUGGAGAUGAGCUUCUGGACAGAGAAGACAUGCAGGGUGUCACUCUGCAGAGUACACCAGGGCACUUCUUGUUUCUGCAGGUGAGAGAGAGCAGUUCGUUUCGGGAGGUGUCCAUUCAGAGCUCGCCUUUCCCUCCUCCAGUCUCUACUGCUUCCUGCCAGAUGCGCUUUUCUCUGUAUAUACAUGGGAACUUUAAUGGUUCGCUGUUGGUGACUAUAGAGGAGAAUGGGACCAGCACUUCACCGCUGGUUUGGGAGAGAAAUGAUCAGAGGGCAGACGACUGGGAGGAUGUUGCCCUGCAGCUGACAGGCCUUCAUCAUGGCUUCCACGUGAAGGUGACAGCUGUGUGGGGACAAGGCUCCAACGCUGAUGUCGCUCUCGACGACAUUGCAGUUGGAGCGGCCUGCUUCAGCACAGAUCUCAACUCUCUGCUGCCCAUAACAGACUUUGAGGAUAUCUUAAGCCCCCUUCCAGAGCCCUCGGCCUCAGAGGUUUCUCUGAUGACAUGGUGGUUUAACUCAUGCGGUGCCAGUGGCCCCCACGGUCCCACCCAGGCCCAGUGUGACAGUACCUACAGGAACAAAAAUGUCAGUGUUACUGUGGGGAAGGAAGGCCAGUUUAAAGGAGUCCAGAUGUGGAGGGUACCUGCUACCAACAGAUAUCUCAUCUCUGCCUACGGGGCUGCAGGAGGGAAGGGAGCCAAAAACCACAACAAACGCAACCAUGGGGUCUUCAUUUCUGCCAUAUUUCCUCUGGAGAAAGGAGAGACACUUUACAUCUUGGUGGGCCACCAGGGAGAAGAUGCGUGCCCAGGGAGAAAUCCCCACACUCAGAAGAUCUGUCUGGGAGAGUGGUCAGUGAUUGAAGACGACCUCAGGGGAGAGGCUGGUGCAGAGUGGGCUGGUGGAGGAGGUGGCGGAGGGGGAGCUACCUACAUCUUCAAGAUGGAGAAUGGUGAGCUGAUUCCCUUGCUGAUCGCAGCUGGUGGAGGAGGAAAUGCCUACCUGGAGGACCCGGAGUCCAGUCUGCAUCAGAUACCACUGGAGCAGUACGAAAAUAGCACCACACGUCCCAGUACCAAUGGUCGAACCGGCGCUGCAGGUGGAGGUGGAGGCUGGAACGACAGUCCCAGUCCUCACCUCAGAGCUGGCAAGUCUCUGGCAGAGGGUGCAGAGGGGGGGUCAGCAUGUCCACUGGCCUUGUCCAGGCUGAGCUGGUCCACCUACGGGGGGUUUGGAGGUGGAGGUGGGGCCUGCACCGCUGGAGGUGGUGGAGGAGGGUACAGAGGAGGUGACGCAGCGCUGAUGGAUGAGAUCACAGCUGACGGCCAGAACGGUGUCUCAUUUAUUCACCCAAUGGGAGAGAUUUUCCUGCAGCCUCUGGCAGCGAUGGAGAGUCAUGGGGAAUGUGAGAUCAAGGUGCAGCUGAACUGCAGCCACUGCCAGACACAGAGCUGCAAACGCGAUGAAGAUACUCACCUCAUCCUCUGUCUCUGUGAUGAAGAUGAAGUCCUGGCCAGUGACAAUGUUACAUGCAUUGGUACUGUAGCAGCUCCGCAGGGACCGGCACCGCAAGGCCAGAUGUCGACGUCGCUGAUCCUGGCUGUCGUGGUUUCCACCAUCGCAAGUGGCAUCGCGUUGAUCUGCGCAGGCGUCAUCCUCAUGUGGUACCGCAGAAAGAACGACCUGCAUGCAGUGAGGGGGCGUCUGCAGAGUCCAGAGUACAAGCUGAGCAAGAUCCGCUCCUCCACCAUCAUGACGGACUACAACCCCAACUACUGCUUUGCAGGAAAGGCCGCCUCACUCAGUGAACUGAAGGAAGUACCGCGCAAGAACAUCACACUUCUCAGAGCUCUUGGCCAUGGUGCAUUUGGUGAAGUCUAUGAAGGACAAGUUCUGGGGAUGAGCGGCGAUAACAGUCCCAUGCAUGUGGCCAUAAAGACUCUUCCAGAAAUCUGCUCUGAACAGGAUGAAAUGGAUUUCCUGAUGGAGGCGCUGAUUAUGAGCAAGUUCAGCCAUGAGAACAUUGUGCGCUGCAUCGGUGUCAGUCUGAACAUCUUGCCACGCUUCAUCCUCCUGGAGCUGAUGACCGGAGGAGACAUGAAGAGCUUUCUGAGACAGAACAGGCCACGAGCUGGACAGAGCUCUUCACUCACUAUGCGAGAGCUGCUGCAGAUGGCCAGAGACAUCGCCUGUGGCUGUCGCUACCUGGAGGAGAACCACUUCAUACACAGAGACAUUGCUGCUAGAAACUGCCUGCUUACCUGCCCUGGACCUGACCGAGUGGCUAAGAUUGGAGACUUUGGCAUGGCACGAGACAUUUACAGAGCCAGCUAUUACAGGAAAGGCGGUCGUGCCAUGCUGCCAGUCAAAUGGAUGCCACCAGAGGCCUUUAUGGAGGGAAUCUUUACCUGCAAGACUGAUACAUGGUCAUUUGGAGUGCUGCUGUGGGAGAUCCUCUCCCUGGGCUACAUGCCAUAUCCUUGUAAAACCAACCAGGAGGUACUGGAGUUUGUCACCGGCGGAGGUCGAAUGGAUCCCCCCAAGGGCUGCCCAGGGCCAGUCUAUCGGAUCAUGACCCAGUGUUGGCAGCAUUGUCCCGAGCACCGGCCCAACUUCUCAACUAUCCUGGAGAGAAUUAACUACUGCACUCAGGACCCAGAUGUGAUCAACACACCCCUACCAGUGGAAUACAGCCCUAACACAGAGGAUGAUGGCGGCACAGUAAUCCGUCCUUCUGACCACACCUCCACCAGCCUCACUCCACUGCUGGUCUCCCACCCUGUUUCCCAGGAUUCCUCCUCCCAGCUAGGACUUUCCUCUCUGGGCCUGUGCCCUAAUCCUCUUCCCCCACAACCAACCAAACCUCGUCUGCUUCUCCAGAGAACCCAACCUGUCCACCAUGAAGUGACAUCGUGCCGUGAAGCACUGGAACCGUCCUGGGCUGAGCCUGUUCCUGCACCUGGUUUGGCAACCACAGCAGCAGCAAGCCACUGGCUCCACCCUGAGCCUCCACACCACCGUCCUUGCUCCAGAAACAGCUCCUCCUCAGGGAGCCAAAGGCUGAAGAACAAGACUAAGAACCUGUGGAACCCCACGUACGGCUCCUGGGUUUUGGAAAACUUCAGGGGGAAGAAAACACUGGCUCACACUCAGUCCAUGCCACUCUCAAGCUCCACAUCCUCCACCGUCAACACACAGACCUGCAACCCAACCUCAGAGAGCAACGAGUCCGGGUGCGACAGUAUCAACAGCACCCACCUCGGCAAUCCCAGCCUCUGCACUUCCUCAACUCCGUCCCCCUCCUGCCAGGCUCAAGCUGCCCCGAGUAUGUCCUUGCAUAAGACAGCAGGGGGGACCACAAAAGCUGGCAUGGACCUGGCUAAACUGCAGAGUUUCCCAUGUGGCAAUGUAAACUAUGCUUACGACGAGCAAAGCUACGAGGCAGAGAGCCUUCCCCUGGUUAUGCCCAAAGCCUCAGAAGCCAUCACAAACACCAGCUCUGCCCCAAGUGUCUCCUCAGGGGCUAGCCUGGGAUUGGCGUUAGGUCUCCAUACCUCGUCAUCUUGUAUGCCCAAGCUGCUGCUGAAGCGCCACGCCAGCUACGGACAUGAAGACGUGAGGAGACACACCAAAGCUGAGAAACCCACACGUGACCGAGACUCAGGCUUUUCCCUGUCUGAAGACCUCAGCGUUACCCCAAUCUAAGGAAUGGCUCACUGGAACAGGGAUUUGGAUUGAUAUUAAACUAAAACGUCAACCCGGAGCCGCUUUUCUCACAAACUGAGAUUGGAGCUCUGGAUUUCUGGAACAAAAAGCAUGACCACGAGGGCUCCGCCACAGUCUGAAAGCCACCACAUCAAAUUGUUAAGAGUUCCUGGAAUGCUGGAAAACACACUCACAUGCA